UACCAUCCUCCUCCUCCUCCCUUUAAUCUCUACAGCUGAUAUAUAUCUAUAUAUAUAAGUACAUGAGAUGAGAGAGAUCAAUAACCUUCCUUCAACUAAUUCAAGAACCUGAUUGGCAAGCAGCCAGCAGACUCUAACUUACAAACACUAUUUUAAACUCAUCACACACAACCAACCAACCAACAUCCAACCAAUCUCUCUCUGUCGCGGCUCUCAUCCCUCCUGCUAUAGCUCUAGUCUCCAAGUCUCAUCAAAUAUAUACGACCAUCAUUUACUCUCUUUCUCUCUCUCGAUCGACAUUUGCAGGCGCACAAGGACAAAAGCAUACUUAAUUGCUACUAUUAUAAUUAGAUCGAUCGAGCUAUAUACCUAUAGCUAAGAAAGUUAAAGAUUUCUGGGUGUGAUCAAUACCAACAAAGCAGAAAAAAAUGGAGUUGGAGUCAUCAGCUGUGCCACCAGGGUUUAGAUUCCAUCCAACAGAAGAAGAAUUGGUGGGUUACUAUCUUAGGAGAAAGAUUAACUCCGAAAAGAUUGAUCUAGAUGUUAUCACUGAAGUUGAUCUUUACAAAAUAGAACCAUGGGAAAUACAAGAUAAGUGCAAGUUAGGUUACGAAGAAGAGAAUGAAUGGUACUUCUUCAGUCACAAAGACAAGAAAUAUCCGACAGGAACACGAACUAAUAGAGCCACAACAGCUGGAUUUUGGAAGGCAACUGGGAGAGACAAAGCCGUGCUUUCUAAGCAAAGGAUUAUAGGAAUGAGAAAGACCUUAGUCUUUUAUAAAGGUCGGGCACCUAACGGAAAGAAAAGUGACUGGAUCAUGCAUGAGUAUCGACUCCAAACAUCUGAACAUGGACCUCCUCAGGAUGAAGGAUGGGUUGUUUGCCGAGCAUUCAAGAAACCAACUCCAAGCCACAGACAAGGAUAUGAGGCUUGGAAUCAUGCUUAUUACCUCAAGGCAGCUGCUCAAAAUUCCAACUACCAAGGUGCAGGCUACCAAGCAUUCGAUAGUAAUGCUACAAGUAGUAGCUCAAUGCAAUUAGAUAAUUCUAGUUAUCAGCAGCAACAAGGUAAUGCCAAUUUCCACCAUAAUUACUUUGGUUGUGGUGAUCAAGAUCAGCUUGGUUCGAGUAAGCAUCAAUAUUAUAACUUGGAUGAUAAUCAAGUCAUGGAACUCCCACAACUAGAAAGUCCAUCUAUAUCCACAAGCUUAGCAACAACAGAAUUUGAUGGUAAUAAUAGUACCAAUGUGGGUUACGACGAUGAAAGGAACAAUUAUGGAACGCAGUUCGUCGAUUGGAAAUCCGUGGAUAGAUUGCUCGCCUCAGAAUUAACUGAAAUGCCAUCUUCUCCUCAUGCAAUUGAAGCCCUGCCACCACCACAAAAUAGUUAUUCCGUUAAUAACCAAGGAAGCUAUUUCCGUGAAUGUUUUCCGGACUUGUAAUGAACGUAAAAAAAAAAGAGAAAAAAACGAAUUGAGUUGUCGACGAAUAUGUUCGAUGAAUUUGGUACCGUACGACGUAACAGUGAUUUCAUGAGGACUACGUACCGAUAUAAUUAAUUUACUGACGAUGAACUGAAGUUGUUAGAAUAUAAAAUAUUAAUAAUUGAUUUGCAUGAAUGAUUGAAAACGAUGAGUAGACGAAGAAGAACUCUCGUAAAUCUUGUGAUUAUAGGGAGAUCUUCCCAUUAAUGAGUUUAGGACAAUUGGUAAUUUAGUAGAGUCCUAAAUCUCUUUUAAAGCUUUGUAUCAAUUGUGUAUUACUUACUAUGUAUUAUGUUACAGAAUC